GCUUUCUUCAAGGCAAAGGGUCGUGCUGGGAAUUGAACUCUGGACUUCCAUCAUUGUGUAGUCAGGCACCUUCGGCCACGGCACCUCGUCGGAGAUCUUGAUGACCGGCAGUGAAAUGAAUGCAAUAUCACCAUCUACGUUCAAAAUUGGACAGGAAGUAAACGCGCGAAGGAUAUGAACGUGGGAAAGCUGCUGUUGAUAGGCUAGGUAUGGUAGGUUGGGCCAAGGGACUAAGGUCCGAGAUCGAGAAAGAUAGCCAGGGCCAGGGGCGCGGCGGCACAGCCGGUCGUUUCAGUGUGUGUACGUUCAAGUCGCUGCUGUCGAUCUCGCUGGAUACGUUGCCUUCAUUGUCUUCCUCGUAAUCUCGUUAGCUUCGAAUUUGUUAGUGAUUGAUACAUGAGCUGUCACAAAAAAAAUGGCUGAGAAGAAACUGAAUCUGAUAGCUGCUGCUUGCACCAGUAGCGGAAAAAUGGGGAUUGGAAUCAAUGGAAACUUACCAUGGAGACUUCGGCAGGAGAUGGCUUACUUUGAAAGGUUAACUAACACCCCUCAGCUAGAAGGAAUGAAGAAUGCUGUUAUUAUGGGAAGGAAAACAUGGUUCUCAAUACCUGAAAAGUUUAGACCAUUGCAGGAUAGAAUCAAUGUUGUACUCAGUAAUACUCUCACGGAAUGUCCAUCUGGUGCAGAUCAUCUAUGUUCUUCAGUCAGCGAAGCUGUGAAGUUAUUGUCAUCUCCUCCUCAUUCACAGACAGUUGAUAUGCUCUGGAUAAUUGGUGGUAGUGCAGUUUACAAGGCUGGCAUUGAGUCUUCUUGCUGUCAUCGGAUUUAUCUAACACGAGUCUUGAAGGAGAUAGAGUGUGACACAUUCUUCCCAGAAUUUGACCUUGAAAAAUUCAAAUUAGUUGUAGACCCUGCUGUCAGCCAAGAAAUUCAAGAAGAAAAAGGUAUUCAGUACAAAUUUGAGAUCUAUGAAAAUUCAUCAUAGCACCUACGUUGCCUUGAUUUUCUGCCUCCAGCAAAGCAAUGAAGUGAUUCCAAGUUGGUGGAAGCAUUAAUCAAGUCGCUGAUCCUAUGUAUUUGCUGAACUAUGAAUGUCGGUUUGUUCAUCAUCAUCAAAGUCUAUUUCCUUUUUGGCCGGUCCUUGUAUUGUCUCAAUACUAGUUUUCAGCACUCACCUUGAAAUUAACCAACCAUUUAAGGAUGGAUUCAAAUCUAUCUUUAUAUCCGUCCUCUUAAUUCAAAAUUGGUGUUUGGUAUUCUGUGGUCACUCAUUGUUGAGUAGUGAAUAGGGUACUAUUUUUAUUUGGUGUUGGCCCCUUGUAUUCAAAGUCUCACAAGGAAUGUAUGUAAAUACAAGAUGGGGGGUCAUUAUCCAUAGACUUCCAGUAGAAUAUACUUCAUUACAUCAAAGGAAGGUAAAACUGGUUUAAUUCAUGGCCCUGUACAAUGUAGCAUGGGUGAAAAUAGUCAAAUUUUCAUCCUUGUUAUCUAUCAUACAAUGAAUUAUGUCCACAAGAAGCAAUGCCAUCUACAUGGGGUUUCUUCUUAACUAUUUUCUAACAUACCUAAUAUUUGGUUACGCAAUAUUUGUGUACUUUCAUGUCAGAUCAACGAUUGUUUUAAAAUAUUUUGUGUACAAAUCCAGUAGAAUUUGUGUUCCAGCCAAUUUUUCCUAAAUCUAUGAUAAUUCUUACUUUUGAUUAGGUAGUUCAAUUAGUUUUAUGCUGGGGAUAGUGUCACCAACAAAUGCUAUAAAAAUGCAAAAGACAAGAAUAAAAAAAGAAAUAUAUGAGAAACUAAAAAGAAUGCAUUGACUAUUUUUAUUACACUUUUAAAAUCAUUUUUUAUCAGAAUGCUACAAAGAUAGACCCCACAUUAAUAGUUUUGGUUCUUUGUCUGUUUAGUUAUAGUUUAUUAGAGAAUGGGUAGUAUUGACCCAUUUGUCUGAUUGAAUAUGAGCUUUUCUUUCAACGUAAUAUUAUAAAAAAUAAACCUGGUCACAUGUCUUGUACAGGUAAUAAUUAUUGUGGUAAUACUUAAUGUCAAAUAAUGAUUUGCAUAAUUCAUCUUCUUCUUUUUUCAGAGUACUAAGCCAAAAAUAUUUUGUGCUAGCUAUUUACAUUUUUUUUUUGCUUUAGCUUACAUGUAUACAAUUUUCAUUCUUGAACAGUUACUUGUAUGACAUUUUAUUAUUUAUAAGUAUCAAGAAUUUAAAGUAAUACAAUAUGAAAUCAUACAUUAAAAAAAAACACUCUUUAGUGUGACUUUUGUUUGUAUUAUAACUAAAUAUACUACCUUGAGUGCUUCACUUGAAAUGUCUAAGUCAAAUUUUUAUUAUUUAGUAAUACAAGAUAUUGAUAAUUGGCUUUAACUGUAUUUUGUAUCAAAAGUAUUUGCUGUUCAGACCCCAAAUGUGAUGAUCAUUUGAAAACUGUUUAUUGUCAUGUUAUCUGCCAGGGGGGACAUACUUCUCAAUUCUUUUGGGCAUGGUUGAUAGUUUCAUUCUCUCUAGCCGUCAUAACAAUUUAAAUGCAGCAAAUUCUGAAGUUAUGUUAAGCAAAAGUUAGUUUUUUUCUGUGGUAAUACUUAAUGUCAAAUCUGUCUCCGACAGAUUUGAAUAAAACUUACUAUGCAUGAAUUAUCAUUGUUGUCCCACAGGGUGUCCCACAAUGCAGAUUUAAAGCAGGGUUAAUGUUAGGUAAACUUUGGAUAAGUUUUAAAAUUAUUGUUAUGCUUUUUUUUUUUUUUUUUAGUAACUGAUAAUCAUGUGAAAUACAUUCCAAAUACCAGCAAUAGUUUCAUACCAGUUCUUGUUUCAAUAUUUGUUUCUAUUUAUGAGUACUAUAUAUAUUGAAGCUCUUAUACCCUUUUAUGUUUCGCCUACAUAGCAUAGCAAGACUAUUGCCACCGCUUUUCUGAUGAUGUCAUCAACAUUUGAAAUAUCCUCAUAACUUAGAGAGUAUAAAGACAUAUUUCAUGAAACUUGGACAUAAGGGAAAUCAAGUGUCACUGAUCAUCUUAUGAGUUUCAGGUCAUAUGACCAAGGUCAAAGGUCCUUUAGGGUCAAUGAAAUUUUACCAUAUUGGAACUCAUAAAACAAGUUUAAGAUUUUGACAUAUCACCAUAACUUAUAUAUGGAUAUAGUUAAAACUAUAUAUUAAACUUGACAUAAGAGUAAUCAUGUAUCACUGAUUAUUUUGCAAGAGUUUCAGGUCACAUGAUUAAAGGAAAUAUUGGAGCAUAAUCAUUUCUAUAUCCGAUAAGUUGAAUAUUGUUACAAUAUUACUCUCUUUUUUUUCUCCAUUGAUAUGGGUAACAUAAAUACAUAGGACAGGAAAUAUGCUGAAAAUAUUGCAUACCGGCAAGAAAACAUGUGGAAGGAUAAUACAAGGUUUUACUCUAUCGAAAUAAUGGAUUAAAUGUGUAAUAAUGGACGUUGUGGAUCCGGAGCCGCAAAAAAUGGAAUAAUUGUGAUUUCAGAUAUUGAAAUAUGAGAUUAAGUGUUAUUACCUUGUCAGAUCUCUAGUCAUGAAUUAAUGCAAACUUGAUGCAACUUUGUUAUUUGUCAUCCGGAUUUAAUGAACAUUUUACAUUCUUGUUCACAUAUUCAAUUUCACUUUUUAUUCCAAUAAACAUGAUACCUUUGUGUGUGUGGCCUUUAAUACGUACUCUUACAGGGUCUGCAGAACAGUUCUGAAGGUGAGGGGGGCGUCAACCAUGCAACAAAACACAAUCAUAUUUCUUUAUAGUACAUGUUUAAUGAAAGACAAAGUGUGUGUGGGGGGGGGGGGGGGGCUCCCACACCACCAGCCCUCUUCCUAAGACCUGAAACAAGUUUUAUCUAUAUCAUUGACACUAAUAUUUUAUGAAUGUAUUUAAAAGUAAUGAUUAACUCGAAGUCUCGAGAAUAUUAAAAAAGAAUGUUGCUAUUAUAAUGAUCACAAAAUAAAAUAUUUUCAAAACUAUUUGAA